AUGGCAGUUAUCAAACAACGGAAGGAAGGAGUCAAGACUAAGAACAACGAUCAUAUAAAUUUGAGGGUGGUGGGGCAGGAUGGUUCUAAGGUGCAGUUUAAGAGGCAUACACCACUUAGUAAACUAAUGAAAGCCUAUUAUGAACAACAGGGGUUGUCAAUGAGGCAGAUCAGAUUCUGAUUUGAUGGGUAGCCAAUCAAUGAAACAGACACACCUGCACAGUUGGAAAUGGAGGCUGAAGAUACAAUUGAUGUGUUUCAGCAGCAGAGAGGAGGUAUCUACUAAAAAGGGAACCUGCUACUUUACUUCAGAAUUCUGUUCCUCCAGACCACGAAGACUUCCUCAAUUAGAAAACUGCAACUUGGUUCCACCACAUCCUGACUACUACAAUAUAGUUUCUCUACUCUUUCAUUUUCCCCUUCCCCAUUCCUUUACUGUACAUAAAGUAACUGGUGUAUGUGCACAAGCAUUUUACAUU